AUGGCUCCUCGGGAGAAGUACUGGCGCAAGCUGUCGGGGGACAAGCUCCUCAAGCUCAUUGUUGCCGUCUCGGCCAUGGCGAUUGCCUACGAGGGUAUGAGCCAAGGCGUGAUGGGAGCUGUCAACGUGGCCCCAGAGUAUGGGAGACGCAUGGGCUUCGCCGAUGAAGAUGGCAAUGUCAUCAAACCCUCCCUGCAAGGCGGCAUCGUCUCGACCUACUACGCCGGAUCCCUCUUCGGUGCCUUCUGGGCCGGUGCCUUCUCCGAUCGCUACGGCCGCGUCAAGGCGUCUGCCAUCAACCUGGCGCACAUGCUGGUCGCGCGCGUCUGCGCUGGUAUUGGCGUCGCCUUCAUCAUCGUCAUCGCCCCCGCGUGGACUGCCGAGCUCUCGCCCGCUGCGGAGCGCGGCAAGAUGAUUGCGCUCACCUUCCUGGCCAACUUUGGCGGUAUCACUCUGUCGGCAUGGAUAGGCUUCGCGACCUCGUUCGCCGAGAAGCUGGGUGGCGGUGCCUUUCGCUGGCGCUUCUGUUUCGCCUCGCAGGCUCUGCCUCUGCUCUUCCUGCUGGCCGGGACCAUCCUCAUCCCCGAGUCACCCCGUUGGCUCGUCAAGGUCGGGCGACGCGAGGAGGCCUUUGACAUCAUCUGCAAGAUUCGUGGUAACGACGACCCGAACAACCCGCUGGUGCAGAGGGAGUAUAACGAGAUCAUCACCGUCAUCGAGAUGGAAAAGGAGACACCAAGCACAAAUUACCUCAAGAUGUUCUUCGGCAUCGGCUCUGGCGAGAUCCACGUGGGCCGCCGCAUCCAGCUUGCCUUUUGGCUGCAGGUCCUCAUGCAGUACGGCACGGGCAUCGCCGCCGUCGUCAUCUACUCUGGCACCAUCUUCCGCACCGCGGGUUUCGACGACGAGAAGUCUAACUGGCUCUCGGCGCUCAACAUGAUGGUGGGCAUCCUGGGAACCGCCAUUGCGGCCUUCACCAUCGACCGGGUGGGACGCCGGCGGACACUGUACUGGGGCGCCAUCACCCUGGGCAUCAUCCUCUUCGCCAUCGGGGGCCUCAAUCGCGGCGCCAUCGACCACCCAGAGCACCGUGAGAAGUACGGCACCGCGGCGGCGGCCAUGGUCUUCCUCUACGUGCUCGUCUUCAGCUCCAGCUGGCUCAUGAUCCCCUUCAUCUACCCGACCGAAAUCUUCCCGACCUGGCUUCGCGCCAAGGGUAACGCAUUUGGCGUGGCCGGGUGGGCGAUUGGCUUUGGCGGCGGCUCGCUGCUCGUGCCCAUCAUGUUCAGCGGGAUCGGGGAGAAGACGUUCUACGUCUUUGGCGCGGCCAUGUUCUUCUACAUCCCCGUCGUGUACUGCUUCCUGCCGGAGACGGCGGGCCGGACCCUCGAGGCCAUGGACUUUCUCUUUGCCUCGGACAGCUGGUUCACCUGGGAGGAGGAGAAGGUGUACCGUCAGAAGAUGGAGGAGCUCGAGACGCGCCUGCAGUCGCGCAAGGUGGACGAGAAGGAUAUGGUGAUGACGGGGAUAAAGAUCGCGAUAUCAAGAUCUGAGUGA